AUGGCGGAUGCUGAUGCUGAAGGGAAUGCCGGUCAGGACGCACCUGAUCAGGGGAAGGGGAAAGGGAAGGAGGGUGAGAGUGCAACUGCUGGAGGGGAAAAACAAGUCCGUUUCUCCUCUGGUAUUAAGCAUGAAGAGCACGAACGCAAGCCCGGGACUUCCACGGGAACUGGAUCGGUGGGCAAGGGAAAGCCAAUCCCUGUGGAUGGGGUCAUUGGCAAGAUGGAACUGUUCGCUGAUGGGAGAGUGAGGAUCGUCCUAGGAGAAGACAUCGCCCUCGAAGUGCACCCAGCAGCAGAAACAGCGUUCCUCGAAACGCUUGUCCAUCUCGACCCCCAGACAAGGGAAUUGACGGCUCUGGGUCAGGUGGAACGCAGGUUUGUCGUGGCUCCGGAUGUGGACGUCUUGUUGAGGGAGCUGGAGGGUAGGGAGAUCAAGCGCGAGGCGGAGGGUGUGAUCAAGUUAGAGUAA